AUGCAGAAAAAUUUGUUCUACUCGACUAUUAGUGCUAGAUUCAGGUACUGUAGAAUUUUGAAACAAAUUCCUGAAAAAAAUUAAAAUUGUUUCAGUUUGUCAUCUCGACGUGAAUUCAACAAAACAUUCUAUCACAAAGAUUUGAUUGUCAAAAAAUCGCCAACAUCUUGCCUUGAUCAAAUACCAAAAGAUGUUGGUAAACUCGGAUUCGGUCAAAACUUCAGUGAUCAUAUGGUUGAUGUUGUUUAUACUGAUGACAAAGGAUGGGGUGCCCCAAAAAUUCAACCCAUUUCUGAUUUCCGAAUUCAUCCAGCAGCCAGAGCUUUGCAUUAUGGUGUUCAGUUGUUUGAGGGAAUGAAAGCUUAUCAUGGAGUUGAUGGGAAAAUCAGAUUAUUCCGCCCUGAAAUGAAUAUGUUGCGAAUGAAAAGAAGUGCAGAAAGAGCUUGUUUACCAGAUUUUGAUGUUGAAGAAGCCCUCAAAGUUAUUGAUAGUAUUGUGAGACUCGAACACAAAUUCAUUCCAAAAUCAAGAAAUGGUGCACUUUAUGUAAGACCAUUUAUGCUAAGUGCCGAACCAACGAUGAAAGUUGCAGCUGGAGGAGAAGCUAGAUGGGCGGUUUUGACAAAUCCAGUUGGAUCGUAUUUCAAACCAAAUGAUAAAGGAGUCACAUUGCUUGCUGAUCCAGGGUAUGUUAGAUCGUGGAAAGGUGGAGUUGGUGAAUUUAAAAUGGGAUGUAAUUAUGCGCCAACAAUCUUUGUUAACAAGUAAGUAAGGCCUUCUUAUUCUCAACAAACAACAAACUCCAGGGCUGCUAUGAAAAUGGGAUGUGAUCAAGUAAUGUGGUUAUCUGGAGAGAAUCGACUUGUCACCGAAGCUGGAGCUAUGAAUCUAUUUGUUUUCUGGAAAAAUGAGCAAGGAGAAGAUGAGUUGAUAACUGCUCCAGUCAGUUCUGGUCUCCUUUUACCUGGUGUCACUCGUGAUUCUGUUAUUGAACUCGCCAAAGAAUGGAAUGAAUUCAAAGUUACUGAAAGAAAUUUCACAAUGGAUGAAUUGAGUAGAGCAAUCAAAGAGAAACGUGUUCAUGAAUUCUUUGUAUCUGGAACAGCUGCUACAGUACUUCCAGCUCAGAAAAUUAUUCACAAAGAUCAAGAAAAGGGAAUCGAUGAUGUUUUGCAUAUUGAUACAACUGGAAGCAAAUUCAAACUUCAUGAAAGAAUUUUCAAAACAAUCACUGGAAUUCAAUAUGGCGAAAUUGAACGCGAAAAAUGGCAAAGAAUUGUGACUAUUUGA